CACACAUCUCUCUCUCUCUCUCUCUCUCCUUGUCAGUAUACUUGAACUCUAUCUGAAGAAAACCCUGAAAUCCAACCACAGGCUUUGUUAGCAUCAUCCAAAGCUCUCAAUAAAUAUAUAUAUAUAUGUGUGUGUGUGUGUGUGUGUGUACAUAUCUGAUCAACAGAUGAAUAGAAAUUAAGGGCUACUGAAAGAUUGCAAGGAGAUGAAGAUGGAGCUCUUUCCAGCACAACCCGAUUUGUCUCUUCAAAUUAGCCCUCCAAACCCUAAAACAAUACCAGGCUGGAAGAGCCAAAACGAAGACAGAAGCAUCUGGAAGAUGGCUGUGGAUUCCGAAACCAACCAAUAUUCUUUGCUUCCAUAUGAAUUCUAUCGCCAUCAACUUUUCCAUCCUCCACAAGGGCUUCAUCAAGAAGUUGAUUAUCUCAGACCCAUCAGAGGGAUUCCUGUUUUUGAGUAUCCAUCUGCAGAUUCUUCUGCAGCUUCAAUGGCGGCCACCACUUCGGCCAGGUCACAGAUUUUGUCGAAGUUUCCGGCGAGGCGAAGGGUUAGGGCUCCCAGAAUGCGGUGGACGGCAAGCCUCCAUGCCCGCUUCGUUCAAGCUGUUCGGCUGCUUGGCGGACCUGAAAGGGCCACACCCAAGUCGGUUCUUGAGCUCAUGGAUGUGAAAGAUCUAACCCUAGCUCACGUGAAAUCCCAUUUACAGAUGUAUCGCACAAUAAAGGCCACUGGCAGAUCUACAACUUCUUCAGAUGGAAGUGAUGUAGCUGCUGAAGAAACUUCUGAAAGUACCAUCUUUGACCUACAGAAGCCAGCAAAAACUGGGUUAUCAAUGAAGAGAGGAAGGCCUGUUAUGGAGCCAUUAGAUCCAGAUUUUUGUGGCCUUUGGAGUUCUUCUUCUUCUUCUUCCAGGGAUGCUUGGUUGCAUGGAAAGCCAAGGGACAUCAAAGGGUGCACAGUUCCUUCUGAGGGUGUAGAGAACUGUGAAAGAGUCUUUGAAAUAAAGUCAUGGAGCAUUAACAUUGCAGAAAGUAGCCCCAGCUACAGGAACCCUAGUUUGGAGUUAACCUUGGGCAGGUCACAAGUAAUAUAAACUAAUAAUAAAAGGGAGCUGUGAAGAUAUAUAUAUAUAUAGCUGGAGCAGUACUCACUACUCAUUGUGAAAAUCAUUAGAGAUAUAUGUAUGCUUUUUGUUUGUUUGAUGGGAAAUGGGAAUCAGCCAUCCUUUCCAAAGAUCAAUCAAGGGAUAGGAAGAAGAAAGAAAAGCAAAAGUUGAAACGAAUUAAUUAACAAAUAAAAGGGAGACAGAAAAGCAGCAAAUGGAGCAUCAAUCUUUGAAAAUCCAAAUCCUCUUAUAUAUAUAUAUAUAUAUUCUCUUCUUCUAUAAUGAAUGAGGAAGCAUCUUUUCUUCGUCUUCUUCUAGUCCUUUGUUCAUGGUCCACUGCCUUAUGAUGGCCAGGAGAAAUUCUUAUAUAAUUGGGUAAAUUCUACCCAAAUCUUUGUUUGUUUGGGUGAUUUUUGGAUCUGUAUUAGUUUAAAUUUGG